UCCAGACCAGGUUGGAUGGGGCUUUGGAGCCCCUCAAUCCAGUGGGAGGUGUCUCUGCCCAUGGCAGGAGGUGGAACUGGAUGGGCUUUGAGGUCCCUUCCAGCCUAAAUCAUUCCAUGAUUCCAUGAUUGCUGCCCUGAUGUCCAGCGCCAGGCUGGCUCCCCAGCGAGCGAGGGGUUAACGGAGGCAGCAUUUUUAUCACCAACGCAGCCAAACUGGAAAGGUGAGGCAGGAAAAGGGCAACGCCUUCUCCUGGGCCAGACCAGGAGCUGCACAUGGUGCCGGCAGCCGCUCGCCCCGGCACAGCGGGCACAGAAGGUUUGGAGGCGAUUGGCUGCAUCGGGCACGCGGAUUUGCACCGGGAGGCAACAGCGUUGUGCCUCAAAGGAUGCUGAAGUGUGGUUGGUUUGAUCCGUAUGGAUCCAGCGCGCCAGGGAAGUGAGUCAGCCGUGCUCCAUCAGCUGCUCCGGACGCCCGGAGGCUCCGACCACGCGGCAGCGGGAUCGCAGCCCGGCAAGUUCUGAGGGAGCCCAGCUCUUCGCCGGGAAGGAGCCGAUGCGAUGGAGGCAGAGCAGCCGCUGCUGACCGCAGAAGAGCCAACAACCCCCUUCCUGAAGAAGGCUCACACCCCAUCUCUCCAUGAGGAGGUCAACACCGCCAUCAUUGCAGUCGUCAUCACCCUGGUGUUCCUCACGCUGCUGACGGUCCUGGUGGUGAUCAUCAUCUACCUGUACAGAAACAAAGGCAGCUACCUCACCUACGAGCAGACGGCGGCAGAGCCCGACGUGUCGGUGCAGAUGGAGGAUGCUCCAUCCAAGGAGAAAGAGGAAUACUUCAUCUAAGCGCCAGCUCCCGUACUCUCCUCUCCCGUGCUCUAGUCCAAGUUGCCCAAAUUCCCCGGGCCUUGGGAUCAACAAGCUGCUUUUUUGUUGUUGUUUUCCUUAAUUUAUUAAGCCAAUCAUGGAAGGAAAAAUAAAUAAGUGAGUAUCAAAGCUUUGCCUGUCGCUGCCCGGAGCAGAACCAGAGCAGGGAACGCUCUGGCUCGGUGGAGAGCAGGCGUGGCCACGCUCCAUCUGCC